AUUAGUCUUUUGACUUUCAGUUUUCACUUUCCCGUUCAGUUUUUCUCAGAAGAGGUUCUUUUUUUUUUUUCAUGAUAAUUUCUUCCCCAAAUCUCUCUUCUUCCCUUUCCUGUUUUCAAAGGAAAAAAAAUUAGAAAAGAAAAAUAUUUUCAAAUUUGAACGCACCAAAAUCUUCUAGGGUUUAAUUUCAUCUCUCUCUAAUCACCGAUUCGUUUCCAUCGCCGUUCGAUUUCUUCUACGACGACCGCCCCGGUAAGGGGUCACUGCAAUGCACCGAGUAGGCAGUGCGGGAAACAAUGCCAAUUCUACCCGCCCACGCAAAGAAAAGAGGCUGACAUAUGUAUUGAAUGACUCUGAUGACACGCAGCAUUGUGCUGGCAUAAAUUGUUUGGCUGUGCUAAAGUCACCUGUCUCUGAUGGGUGCAACUAUCUUUUCACUGGAAGCCGUGAUGGCACACUUAAGAGAUGGGCACUGGGUGAAGAUGCUGCCACUUGCUCUGCUACUUUUGAGUCACAUGUUGAUUGGGUAAAUGAUACUGUAAUUGCUGGUGACAAUACACUUGUUUCCUGCUCUUCAGACACCACUUUGAAGACAUGGAAUUGCUUAUCCGAUGGAAUUUGUACCAGGACUCUCCGUCAACACUCUGACUAUGUUACAUGUCUAGCAGCAGCUGAAAAAAAUACCAACGUGGUUGCCUCUGGGGGUCUUGGUGGGGAGGUUUUCGUAUGGGAUAUUGAAGCUGCGGUUACUCCACUCUCAAAGUCCAGUGAUGCUAUGGAAGAUGAUUGUUCCAAUGGUAUCAAUGGUUCUGCAAAUUCAUUACCGAUAUCAAGUUUGCGACCAAUUAGCUCGAGUAACAGCAUUACUGCACACACAACUCAAUGUCAUGGAUAUGUCCCCAUCGCUGCCAAAGGCCAUAAAGAGUCAGUCUAUGCAUUGGAAAUGAAUGAUAGUGGAUCCCUUCUUGUCUCUGGUGGAACUGAGAAGGUCGUGCGUGUUUGGGACCCAAGAACUGGAUCGAAGACUAUGAAGCUAAAAGGGCAUGCGGAUAACAUUAGGGCUCUGCUUCUGGAUUCUACUGGCAGAUAUUGUUUAUCAGGGUCCUCCGAUUCUAUGAUCAGGCUAUGGGACCUUGGUCAGCAGCGUUGUGUGCAUUCAUAUGCUGUGCAUACGGAUUCUGUUUGGGCACUUGCAAGCACCCCAACAUUUAGUCACGUUUAUAGCGGUGGUAGAGAUCUUUCUUUAUAUUUGACAGACUUGACAACAAGAGAGAGUCUUUUGCUCUGCACCAAGGAACACCCAAUUUUGCAGUUGGCAUUGCACGAUGAUAGUAUAUGGGUUGCAACGACAGAUUCUUCAAUUCAUAGAUGGCCUGCUGAAGGACAAAAUCCUCAGAAGGUCUUUCUAAGAGGUGGUUCGUUCUUGGCUGGAAACUUGUCUUUUUCAAGGGCAAGAGUUUCCUUAGAAGGGUCUACCCCUGCUCCUGUUUAUAAAGAACCAAUCUUUACCAUUCCUGGAACUCCAGCAAUAGUUCAGCAUGAAAUUUUAAAUGACAGAAGGCAUGUAUUGACUAAGGAUACUGCUGGUUCGGUAAAGCUCUGGGAGAUAACCAGGGGUAUUGUGAUCAAGGACUAUGGACAGGUUUCAUUUGACGAGAAAAAGGAGCAGUUGUUUGAGAUGGUAAGCAUUCCAGCAUGGUACACUGUGGAUACCCGGCUUGGAAGUUUGUCUGUUCAUUUGGACACACCCCAAUGCUUUUCUGCGGAGAUGUAUUCUGCUGAUCUAGACAUAACUGGCAAGCCUGAGGAUGAUAAGGUUAAUCUAGCUCGUGAAACCCUUAAAGGUCUGUUGGCUCAUUGGAUGACCAAAAGAAGGCAAAUACUUGGCUCCCGGGCUUCAGCUAAUGGAGAUGUUUUAUCAGGAAAAGAUAUUACCGCAAGAAGUCUUGCUCAUUCAAGAAUUGAGGUAGAUGGAAAUGCUGAAAAUGACUCUAUGGUAUAUCCUCCUUUUGAGUUUUCUACAGUCUCCCCUCCCUCAAUUAUCACUGAGGGUUCCCAAGGAGGUCCUUGGAGAAAGAAAAUUACUGAAUUGAAUGGAACUGAGGAUGAGAAGGACUUCCCUUGGUGGGUUUUGGAUUGUGUAUUAAAUAAUCGGCUACCACCACGAGAAAACACCAAGUGCAGCUUCUACCUUCAUCCAUGUGAAGGUUCACCUGUUCCGAUCCUCACACAAGGGAAGUUAAGUGCACCUCGCAUAUUGAGAAUACAUAAGGUUGUUAAUUAUGUCAUAGAAAAGAUGGUGCUUGACAAACCAAUUGAUAGUGUAAAUACGGAUGGGACAUUUGCUCCUGGUCUUGGAGGACAAUUGCAGCAUUCAGCAGUUGGAGAUGGAUCUUUUCGUUCUGGAUUGAAACAUUGGCAAAAACUUCGGCCUUCUGUUGAGAUUUUAUGCAAUAAUCAGGUCUUAUCGUCGGACAUGAGCUUAGCUACGGUGCGGGCUUACGUAUGGAAGAAACCUGAGGACUUGAUACUUAAUUAUAGAGUGAUUCAAGGCAGGUGAUUUUGUUAACUUAUGGGAGCAGGUCGGCAUAUUGGGAUGGAAAUCUCAAACUUUUGUGAAGCGUUGGGAAUCAUAUUAUUCAUCUGAGGUUGCCUGUCAUGAUCGCAAGUAUCUGUGGAUUCCUUGUAUAUUUGGAAAGACGAUUGGUUUUCGAUCUAGGGGCAUUCCGAACUUCGUCAAGAGGAUCAUGGUUAAUGUUUUCAUAGUUGGGCAGGUGCUAUCAUAUAUUUUUGGUCUUCGUUUCAUUAUGUGCAUGCUUUUGUCAUACAUUAGAAAUUAGGCAUACGAUGUCGAAAAGCUCUGUAGAUUUGUAUUGUGGGAUUAAUACCAAAUCAUAGAAACUGUUGUUAUGAAGUUGAUUUUUUCUUUAUUUUUUUCCCUGGAAAUAAGACAAUUAAUUUGCAUCUA